AUGCUACCACCACCUCCUUCUACUCCCAGCGUUCGAGUAUGUACGCAAACAGUCAAUUCGAAAAUACAAUCAAUCAAUUCCACAAUGGAAACUUUGAUGAGGAUUCAAAGGUGGGCUGGGGGUACAAAUUCGCCCUGUUUAACGCCAAAAGCACAUCUUCCAACCAAUGCUGAGGUACCGGUCAGACUCUGGACUAGCAGGAGCAGAUGGGAGAUAUACACCACCUAUUCAUGUGAUCGCGGGUCUCAGAAGACACGACGUACAUAUGCUUCACAUCAGGCUUACGAAUAUUACGGGCCAGAUGCCACUCCUUCGAAGACAACGCGCCGGCGCGUAAAAUGCCAAAGACACUCCCAGGAGGAAGACAAGGUAGAAACUUUAGAAAUUGGUUACGCAUCAAGAACACGGGUGACUGGAUGA